GGGAGAACUUUCUUAAGGACCGAGUCCAACCAGAGUAAAACUGGCCUCUUCUGCACAGCGUAUUAGAAAGUUUAGUCUGCCGCGAACAUUGGGAGAGCGCGGCCUCUCUGGUCUGGAGACACCUUCGGGAAGAGGCGAGUCUUGCGAAGUGUAGGGCUGCAGGUGGUGAGACUCAGCUCCUCCUAAUCACUGGCUGGACACAGAUUAUGGCACAGGCUCAAGGCUUUGGGAGGAGAUACAUUAAAGCCUUUUUUAAAGGCUUCUUUAUUGCUGUUCCUGUGACAGUGACUUUUCUAGAUAGAGUGGCCUGUGUAGCAAGAGUGGAAGGAGCAUCAAUGCAGCCUUCCUUGAAUCCAGGGGAAAGACAGGUAUCUGAUAUAGUGCUUUUAAACCAUUGGAGCAUUAGGAAUUAUGAAGUGAAACGUGGAGACAUUGUGUCAUUAGUGUCUCCUAAAAACCCUGAACAGAAGAUCAUUAAACGAGUGAUUGCUCUUGAAGGAGACAUUAUCAAAACCAUUGGGUACAAAAACAAGUAUGUGAAAGUUCCGCAUGGCCAUAUAUGGGUGGAAGGUGAUCACCACGGGCACAGCUUUGACAGUAAUGCUUUCGGCCCGGUUUCUCUUGGGCUUUUACAUGCUCGUGCUACCCAUAUCCUGUGGCCUCCAAGGCGCUGGCAGAAGUUACAACCUAUGCUGCCUCCAGAACGUACACCACUUCACAGUGAUCAAGAAUGACCUACAUGUGCAUGAUGGAGAAUGAAAUAUUGAUGCUAGGAUUAACCAUCAAGAGGGGUAGCUGGUGUAACAGAACAAGUAAGAACGCCAAUUGUACUAUAACAGAUACUGCUGCAGCAGAAAUUCCCUUAUGUUAAGGUGUCACUUUAAAUCUAAUUUUUAUCUUUAAUCUGUAACAUCACAUGGUGCAUUAUUUUGUCUUGGAGUAAUUAUUCUCUGGUUGUGGAGUAUUCCAAUGUUCAGUUUUCCAGAAACAGUAAAAUAUAUGAGCCAUUGUCUGUUCUAGUACUCCUGUUGAUAAGACAUUAUUAUAACAAGUCUAUAAAAUGUUUUAAUCUUUUGCUUUUCAUUUGUUUCUUUAACAGCUUGACAGAUCCUUGAAAAUUAAUAUUUUGUUAAAAAUGUGAUGUCAAUCCAGUACUUCAUCAUUUCAGUUAAGUUUGAAUAUGUAGAAGCAUUUACUCAUAAUAUAACAUUUUGAAUUGCACUAUAAUUGUUGAAAUUGAAAAAGCAGCAUUUCUGUAUAUGAAAAGCGAAUUGUACAAUAUGUCCAUAAAAGA